AUGGGUUUCCUGGGCAAGCUGGCGGCGCUGCCAAAGCUUAACGGGGCAGUGGCGGGCCGGGGCGGCGGUGCCUGGCGGCGGCCGGGCCGGCCCUGUGCGGGCGUCCCGCUCCCGCUGCCCCUGCCGGCCCCGGCCACGGCCGCCCCCCGCCCGCCGCCCGGCGGCCGCGCCGCCUCCUCCUCCUGCCGGGCGCUGGGCAAGUACGAGGAAGUUUUUCGGUCUUGCUUGGCGGAGCCCGAGAAGGUCUGGGGAGAAGUCGCCGAGCAGAUCCAGUGGUACAAGCCCUGGGUGCGGACCCUGGAGAGGAGCAGCCUGGGGAGCGCCUCCUGGUUUGUAGGUGGAGAGCUGAAUAUCUGUUACAACGCUGUAGAUCGUCAUGUUGAGAAUGGACGAGGAGACCAAAUUGCCAUUAUUUAUGACAGUCCUGUAACAAAUACCAAAGACAGAAUAACAUACAAGGAACUUUUGGACCAGGUCUCCAAGUUAGCUGAUGUCAUGAUCAAACAUGGUGUGAAGAAAGGAGAUCGCGUGGUCAUCUACAUGCCCAUGAUUCCACAGACAGUGUACUGUAUGCUGGCUUGUGCGAGGAUAGGAGCCAUCCAUAGCCUGAUUUUUGGGGGAUUUGCAUCUAAAGAGCUUUCGGUUCGCAUUGAUCAUGCAAAGCCCAAACUUAUUGUAACAGCAAGUUUUGGAGUAGAACCGAAAAGGAAAGUGGAAUACAUAUCUCUCCUAGAAGCAGCACUGGCAAGGGUACAGAGCAAACCUGAUAAAGUUCUCAUUUACCAGCGACCUAAUUUGGGCCAUGUUCCUCUUACCAAAGGUCGUGAUCUCGACUGGGAAGAAGAGCUUGCAAAAGCCCAGUGUUCAAAAUGUGUCUCUGUUCCCUCAGACCAUCCUCUUUAUAUUCUGUAUACAUCUGGAACAACAGGUUUGCCCAAGGGUGUUGUGAGACCAACUGGUGGCUAUGCAGUUAUGCUGAACUGGACCAUGUCCGCUGUAUAUGGCCUCAAACCUGGUGAGGUAUGGUGGGCAGCUUCUGAUUUAGGCUGGGUUGUUGGUCAUUCCUACAUUUGCUAUGGACCUCUCCUUCAUGGUAAUACUACGGUUUUGUAUGAGGGGAAGCCUGUGGGAACGCCAGAUGCUGGUGCCUAUUUCCGUGUGCUAGCAGAGCAUGAAGUAGCUGCCUUCUUUACUUCACCAACUGCAAUUAGAGCAAUCCGUCAGCAGGACCCUGAGGCAGCCUUGGGAAAGCAGUACUCGCUGAAAAGGUUCAGAAUGAUGUUUGUAGCUGGCGAGCACUGUGAUGUGGACACGCUAGAAUGGUCAAAAAGAGUCUUCAAGGUACCUGUCUUGGACCACUGGUGGCAAACUGAGUCUGGUUCUGCAAUUACGGCUUCCUGCAUUGGUUUGGGGAACUCUACAACACCUCCACCUGGACAGGCAGGAAAACCAGUGCCAGGAUAUAAUGUCAUGAUUCUGGAUGAAAAUAAGAAACCAGUGAAGGCAAAGACUUUGGGAAAUAUUGUGGUAAAGUUGCCUUUGCCUCCUGGAGCAUUCUCAGGUCUUUGGGAAAAUGAAGAAACAUUUCAGAAGUUGUAUUUCCAAAAGUUUCCAGGAUAUUAUGAUACUAUGGAUGCUGGUUAUAUGGAUGAAGAUGGCUAUCUGUAUGUCCUGUCUAGAGCUGAUGAUGUGAUCAAUGUUGCCGGACACAGAAUUUCUGCAGGUGCGAUUGAAGAGUGUAUUCUCUUCCAUCCCGCUGUGGCAGACUGUGCUGUUGUGGGCCAGGAGGAUCCUUUAAAAGGACAUGUUCCAUUUGCACUGUGUGUACUGAAACAAGGUGUAAAGACACAAGAGAGUAAGAUUUUGAAAGAGAUUGUUGAGCGAGUUCGGACCAACAUUGGUCCAGUAGCAGCUUUCCAGAAGGGGAUGUUUGUGACACAGCUGCCAAAAACACGCUCUGGCAAGAUCCCACGUUCUGCUCUUUCUGCACUUGUCAGUGGAAAGCCAUACAAGAUAACACCAACCAUUGAAGAUGCUAGUGUGUUUAAACACAUUGAAGAAUUGCUAAAGAAAAAUUAAAUGGGAUAAUACAUAAUAACGAGCAUUUCAGUUAUUCAAGUAUACAAAGAAGCAUUUUUUUGUUAAUAACACAUUUUAAAAACAAGUAAUGAUUUGGGACUAAAUGUUUUUACUACAGAAACAUUACUGUGUUCUU